AGAGCGCGCUGCAGCUGCCUCAUAAUAAGGUGCUGCAGCAAAUUUUCCCGCGGGGCGUAUUUUCGUUGUAUUUUUACGUGAUUCAAGUGAGUAUUUGCCGAAAAUCCAAGAUAAGUGACGGAGAACAAUGCCGCCUAAAAAGCGCGAGAAGGAAUCCGAGGGUCAAAAAGUACCGAGAAUGGACCAAAUUCAAGCCGAUCAUGAACUGUUUCUCCAGGCCUUCGAAAAGCCUACGCAGAUAUACAGAUUUCUACGUACGAGAAAUCAAAUUUCGCCAAUAUUUCUAUACAGAAAUCUGUCUUACAUGAGACAACGUAUGUCCAGAAGUCACAAGUCUAGACGAGCAUUUCGGAUCGAUACUAUUUUGGACAGCUUAACGCUCAAAAACAACCAAGGGCACAAUCCUGGGGUGCGAGGAUACAUGACGCUAACUUUUUUAGGAUUUUAUGACAAAAAAGUCGAAACUACCCAGGAGCCUGUGAAAGUAGAAACAUUAUUGUUGAAGAUUUGUCAUAAAAAACGAAAAGAUGUUAGUUUGCCAAUAAUGCAGAAUGUCAGUGCAUCCGUUUCCGUUGGUACGAGUGAAGUACCGAUCAACCCAUCAGAAGAUCAGCCCCCUCCAAAAGCACCAACCAUUUCAAUACCAAACGAAUCAUUUAGUUUAAGCAACGGCCACAUUGUAAAAACAUACAUGCUGCUUCUACGGGUUUAUUGUAUGUCAAACAACAGCUGCCUUAUUUCCAACUGUGAUUUAGAUGAACCUGCCCAAAAACGGCGUAAGUCUGUCAACGGUUCGAUAAAGAAUGGUGGAGAAGAAAUCAAACUAUAUGGCUCUGAGCUCAUUGUAUACGACAAACACAAUCGCUGCCUAUUAACGGACGGUGAUUAUGAAUUAGGUUUACAAGAGGUUCAAACAAAUGUCCGUGCCAGCCCCAAAAAACACAGUUCCUGGGAAUGUAUCACUGAGAUUAAAGAGUGUGGUCCGUUUGAAGUAUUCAGUCGCGGGCCGACGUUAAAGUUUAGACUCAGUUGGACGACGGAGCCAAGUAAUGGUUUAGUGGAUAGGCCACCACCCAUCCACCCUCUUCCUAAUGGAGACAAUAAAGAAAAUAGGCCAGGCAACGGUGCAUUGGAGCGUUUUCCAGCAAAUCACAGUAACAAUAAUAACUCAACACUGCCUAAUUCUAGUCCAUUAACACCUACAAAAUUGUCUUUAUCUAUUGAAAAAAUGGAUAUGUCAUCUACUCAGCAAAUAGUAUACCAAUUUUUAUACAAUAAUAAUAGUCGACAACAAACGGAGGCUUGCGAGGACCUUCACUGCCCUUGGUGUUCGUUAGACUGUGGGAAACUAUAUUCGCUCCUAAAACAUCUUAAAUUGUGUCACUCACGGUUUACAUUUACAUACGUGCCAAUCUCACAAGGAGCAAGAAUAGAUGUGGCAAUAAAUGAGUGCUAUGAUGGUUCAUAUUCGGGUAGUCCGCAUGAAUUGAUUUCUCAACCCUCCGGAGUUGCAUUUGCUCGAACUGGCCCGACAAGACGUACAAGUGUUACCAAUAUUUUAGUCUGCCGACCAAAAAGGACCAAGCCUAGUUUAUCAGAAUUUUUGGAAUUAGAUGAAAAUGAUUUUGAAAGUCAACGCCCGUACAUCACAGGCCAUAACAGGCUAUAUCAUCAUACAGUGACAUGUCUUCCCAUUUAUCCUAAAGAAAUGGAUGUAGAUUCAGAAGGUGAAAAUGAUCCAAAAUGGUUGCAGACAAAGACAAUGAUGAUGAUAGACGACUUCACAGAUGUUAAUGAAGGUGAAAAGGAGUUGAUGAAGAUGUGGAAUUUGCAUGUAAUGAAAUAUGGCUAUGUCGGAGACUGUCAAAUACCUUUGGCAUGCCAAAUGUUUUUAGAGACCAAGGGUAAAGAGUUGUUAAUGAAGAAUUUAUAUCGGAAUUUUGUACUGCACAUGUGCAGCUUGUUCGAUUUUGGUCUAGUCAGUCCAGUGAUUUUGUACCAAACUAUUCAAAAAUUGCAAGAAAUAAUGAAAGAAGGUGGUGAAAACAGUGACGUGAAAAAGAUUUUACAAAAAUCUCACGAAGCUCAAGUUGAACGUUGGGUAACCACUGGUGUGUAUGUGUCAAGCUUAGAAGCCACCAAACCAAGCGGAUCAAGUGCAAAGACUAACUUCAAUAACGAAGUUUCCAAUUUAAAUGCCCGAAGAAAGACAACACUGCCUCUUGGGUCACCCCCAAACCCACAAACUAGCAAAAUAACUGUUACCGUACAUAAUAAUGCCAGUAAGCACGCUAGUACAGAUAUAUAUUAAUUAUAUAUGGUAUAUAUACAGUACUGUUUGAAGCAAAUACACUGUUCAUCUUCACUCGCCA